UAGAUGAUCCUCUUCCUCGUUUUUUCAUGUAGAGGUAUAAAGAAACAUCUCUUUGUUUCUUUCUUUCUCUGUUUCACACAAAUGGAUUUAAACCAAUAGGCUGACCUUUCUUUUCUGUUAUACAUCGCACAUAUCCAGAACGCGACGGAUCAUCCAUCAAUCAUCCACAGCCGGACACAACAUUUCUACUUACAUUCUGCUGAUAGAAACUCUUUGUUGCAUCUACAGCUCUCCAUUUCUCACUCUUUCUGAGAAAAGGACAGGAAGCGCAAUAGGAAGUGAAGUUUUUUUUUGCGUCUCGUUGCAUUGUCGCCUGCCUCUGCAAGAAUUAUGAGUACUAUCAUAUCAGGCUUCUUAGACUGUACAAAGAGGCAUCUCUGAUGCAGGGUGUGAAGUAAUGGGUUUGUUUUAAGCCUCAAGAAAAGAAAGCAGAUAUGUACCACGAGGGACAAGUCAUGCCUGUGAAGAAGUGUGCUGUGUGACCUUAUGGUGCAACCAUGACAAGAGCAGCGUUGAUUAAACUCCUCUUUCUCGUGAUCCUCGCCUUCAUCAUCUGCCUCCCAGAAUUCUUCACAUUGUACAGAGUAUCAAAAGUGAACUUCCUCUGCAUGCCCUACCGACCCUGUGAGCAAGGGAAUUUCGUUGAGAAGGGAGGAAAUGGGAAGAUUGGAGAUGAUGACUUUAGGAGAAAGGAUUGGUGUGACCCUCUGCGAACUCCGAGUAGUAACAAGUGGGAGCCGGACUGCACAACGGAGAGUCAGAGCAACACGACAGAUCCUGAGUCGGCCUUGGGGAGAGGCGGUGAAGACCCAGAAAAGAACUGGUUCAUGUGUGAAACAGAUAUGGACAUGGCAGAAUUACUUAGCAACAUGUCAUCUUCAGCUCUGAAAACACACGUCGAGGUGUCAGUGGAGCUUCAACUUGGUGAUGCAGAGACCCUGAAUCUCACCCUGUACGGCAGCAGCAAUCACAGUUCCUUACACAUCCACCCACUUGAGGAGGAGGAAGAGGAGGAAGAGGAGGAGAGGCACGAUGAAGGGCAGAGGAUGGCGUUUUACUGCUGCCUCCCUCUCCCGCCCGCCGCAGAGUCGGCCAAUCAAGGAAGCUGUCUCCUUUGGCUCGCCAAUCAAACAGUUUUGACUGCAACAGCUCAGGAAAAGCUGCCAUGGAAACGCACAAAGAAAGAUGAGUGGCUCUGUGUGUUCAGGGUGCUCUGGCUGGCUCUGCUGUGUGUGGUGAUGCUGACUAUAGUAACAACUGUGCUCGGAAAAAUCUACUGGAGGGGAUGCCCACGCAAAAAUCCCAGCGUUCACCCUCUUGAUCUCAACGUCACUGGCCAGCAGUUGGACGAUGGCGAGAAGAACACAGUGAUCAUCAAUCCAAAAGGGAGGAACUUUCACUCUUAUGCAUCCCGACCUCGGCCAGGACUGUCCCCGAUUAUAGAAGUUGACACUCAAGACAUAGAAACUCUGCUGGAUGGAAAUGAUGACCACUGCUACACAGCAAAUCUGCAUCAUCGCAUCCAUCCCUCCACCUCAUCCGUCACAGAGGAGCUGACCUGCUGAUAGAGGAGCGCACACAUGGACUUAAA